AUGGCAGAGCUGAAUGUCCCAUCUUCUGUCAUGGGCAAUGUGGCCAGCAGAGAUCUUUUGGAAUGCUUGAAGGCCUCGACCAUCGACACCAGGGUAGAUGGGACAAAGACCACUCUCUUCUCCAAAGACUGUCUAAGUGAUUAUACUAGUGGCAUAAAAGUCCCCAUCACUUUUACUGGUGGGAAAGGCAAGUAUCUGAGGAUCAACACCACACGAUGCAACGACGCAGAUAACUGUAACUCGGCUCUACUGGAAGUGCCCAAGGAGAACAUCACCACGAACGGGCGGCAGUGCCCAACCUGCUUGUCUCUGAAUGCCAAUACCUGCGACAGCCAAAUCACCCCUUGCACCGGGAAUGAGAUCUAUUGCAUCGAUUUUGUUGGGGAGAUACAGAAAGGUACACCUCCAGCUAAAUCACCAUUUGCUGCAAAAGGCUGCGCUACUGAGUCUGUACAGGGCAUUAAAACUGGAGACACCCUGGUUUCUGCAGGCUACACGUUCACGUUCACAAAGGUGACUGCCAGUCCUGCGGAGAAAACACCCACUUCCACCAAACCAACGCCUGCCGCCACCAGUGGAGCCAGCCCGGCUCUGGGGAAAUUCUCCUUUGCCCUCGGCCUGACUGGGCUGCUGCUGGUGAAGCUGCUCUCCUGA